UGUCACUGCCUAUCGAUAACCACACACACUUCGCCUGCAUUAUUUUGUUGUUUAUUUCACAAUUUACACGGAUUUGAUCAAGGAUGCCCAAGGAGAAGUCGACCAAGUCCCGCCGUCGUAGCCGCAGUCGCAGUCGCGAUCCGAAAAGCAGCAGGAACCGGGAUCGGAGUCGAGAACGAGAUCGGGAACGGGAAAAGGAGCGGGAUCGCAGGGAAAACAAGGACAAGGAGCGCAAUCGUCGCCGGGAGAAGGACAGCAGCAGGGACAAGAAGCGGGAGCACAAGAGCCGCAGGCAGAGCUCCUCCUCCUCCAGCUCCAGCUCCUCCUCCUCGUCCAGUUCCUCCUCGUCCGGCGCGGCGCCCGGUGGUGGGCGCCGUUCGCCGCUGGCCAAAAGUUCGAUGAAGCUGCUCCAGACCCUGGAAGCUCGUCGCCUUGUGGAGCAAAAGGAUCGCCAGCGCAGGAAGGACGAGUUGAAGGCCCAGGAAACGCCCGAGGAAAAGCGUGCCCGCCGGCUGCGCGAAAAACAGGCCAAGGAGCAGCGGCGUCGCGAACGGAUGGGCUGGGACAACGAAUACCAGACGUACUCAAACGAGGACAACCCCUUUGGCGACUCCAAUCUCACCUCAACCUUCCACUGGGGCAAGAAGCUGGAGGUAGAGGGCCUGUCCAAUCUUUCCACAAAGACAGUGGAGGUGCUGUCGCUGCAAAAGCAGCUGGAAAACCGCCGGGAACUGGAGAAGGUGAAGAAACGGCGGCAGGAAAGGGAGCUGGAGCGGCAGGUGCGCGAGGACGAUCUCAUGAUGCAGCAGCGCGCCAAGGAGGCGGUGCAGUUCCGCGAGUGGCAGCGCCAGGAGGACCAGUUCCACCUGGAACAGGCUCGACUGCGCAGCGAAAUCCGCAUCCGUGAUGGCCGGGCCAAGCCCAUCGAUCUGCUCGCUCAAUAUGUGGCCGCCGGGAAUGCCCCACUCGAGGAAUCCCUGGAGAUGCAGAUGCACGAGCCCUAUGUCCUGCUAAAUGGCCUGCCCAUGGAGGAACUGGAGGAUCUACUGGUCGACAUAAAAGUCUACGAAGAGCUGGAGCAGGGCAAGCAUAUAGAUUUCUGGAACGACAUGAUCACCAUUGUCCAGGACGAACUGCAGCGGCAGCAGAAGCUGCAGUCGGAGAGCACAUCGCUGAAUCAGCGCAGGGAUGGCAUCCACCAGGCGGUGGUCAAGGAUGUGGCCGACAUUUUCAGGGGCAAGAAUGCCCAGCAGCUGGAGGAGAUGCGGCAGCGCAUCGAGGCCAAGAUAAGUGGGCGAGCGGAUGGCGUGGACAUAAGCUACUGGGAGAGUCUGCUGUCGCAACUCAAGGCGCACAUGGCCAGAGCUCGUCUGCGGGAUCGCCAUCAGGCCUUGCUGCGGGAGAAACUGUUGCUGCUCAAGCGGGAAAACGACGAUGAGGCGGCGCAGGAGGAGUUGCCACCGCAAGUCAAGGAAGAGGAGAUGGAAACCCAGGACGCGGAGGAACCCGAAGAUGGCGACGGCCCGCCCGAAGACGAAGAGGAUCCGUUGAAGGAACUGCGCGAUGCAGUGCGCCUUUACCAGGCAGGUAACUACAGUCCACGUUACAUACGCGAGGAGGAUUUCACGGGCCGACGAGUGCAAAACGAAGAUGACGACGACCAGCCGGAGGCAGAAGGUGCCCUCUACGAGGAGGAUGAUGAUGAGCGGCGCACGCAGAGGCAGCGCCUGCUCAUCCUGCAUCCGGAGCGCGUGGACACCAAUCACCUGACGCCGCAGGAGCUGCGCAUGCGCAACGAGGCGCGCCAGGGAAUGCAGGGCGACGAGGCCGAGUUCAGUGUGGAGACCACAUUGGAUGCAGUGCCCCAGCUGGCCACCGAUAAGUACCGGCCGCGCAAGCCGCGCUACUUCAAUCGCGUGCACACGGGCUUCGAGUGGAACAAGUACAAUCAGACGCACUACGACAUGGACAAUCCACCGCCCAAGAUCGUCCAGGGCUACAAGUUCAACAUAUUCUAUCCGGACCUCAUGGACAAAUCGCAGACGCCGCAAUACUUCCUCACUCCCUGUGCCGACAAUGGCGACUUUGCCGUUCUCCGCUUCCACACGGGACCGCCGUACGAGGACAUCGCCUUCAAGAUCGUCAACCGCGAGUGGGAGUUCAGCUACAAGCGGGGAUUCCGCUGCCAGUUCCACAACAACAUCUUCCAGCUGUGGUUCCACUUCAAGCGAUAUCGCUACAGGCGGUGAAGGAUGUGCGCUUAUCGUAUUCUCCCCGAAACUUAUUUUUUUUGUAAACUCAUAUUAUGCCCAAAUAAAAUGUAAGAACACAAAUUGUA